AUGGCCGAAGUUGUAUUCUUUGAGCCUCGUCGCACCUCCGUAUUCGUCUCACCAGCUGGAUCUAAGAAGAAGCUCGCAAAUCAUAGCGCUAUGAGAAUAGCUUACAAGUUUAUCUUCCCUCCAAAUUCGAACUUUUGGGCAGCGCCUGAGCAAAUGUACGGCUUUAUUCCGCAAUGGGGGAAAAUUGAUGUCACUCUCUUUCGGAACAAAGGCAGACCUGCAGAUGAAACCAUGAGAAUUCAAUUCGCAGCGGCACCAAAAGGUGAAGAUCCUAAGGAAAGCUUCGCCACUGGUCAGCCCGUAGGCGAAUAUGUGGGCGAAAGUGUAGCACGAUUAGUUUCGAUUGAGUGA